AUGAUUCAGCAAGAUUCCAGCAAGAAGGGUGAUGGGGAUAUUCUCAAUCACUCCAUCUGUAGCCAUCUGAGAGAAAAAGAUAUGUGCAAGAGAAGCCAUCACGUUAAGAAAAAACUGUGUAAAGCCACAUGUGGUUGUGAUGACAUCAUCUCCCAGAAAUCGUGUAUCGUCCUGAAACGAUUGAAUGAAUGCUCCAAAAACUUGGCAAUGCGCAUGCGUUAUUGCAAGUCGACAUGUGGAUUUUGUCCAUGCCGAUCGGAAAGACCACUUGGGAUGCAAAACAGAGCCAUUCCUGAUUCGAGCAUCACCGCGUCAUCGUAUCUUGGCAAGGAAUAUAAACCACAACAAGGACGACUUCACAUUAAGUCUGUAAUUUCUUCCAGUGGCAAGGCUGGAUCAUGGAUCCCAAAAGGGCAAAGAGCCGGAGACUGGCUCCAAGUCGAUUUGGGCAAGGUUACCAGAGUUCAAGCUGUUGCAACCCAAGGUCGAUACGAUUACAACCAAUGGGUGAGAAGCUACACCCUGCAAUACAGCAGCAAUGGAAAAACCUUCAAGAAAUACCAGGGAGGAAAAGUGUUCAAGGGAAACAGUUGUGAUGACAUCAUCUCCCAGAAAUCGUGUAUCGUCCUGAAACGAUUGAAUGAAUGCUCCAAAAACUUGGCAAUGCGCAUGCGUUAUUGCAAGUCGACAUGUGGAUUUUGUCCAUGCCGAUCGGAAAGACCACUUGGGAUGCAAAACAGAGCCAUUCCUGAUUCGAGCAUCACCGCGUCAUCGUAUCUUGGCAAGGCCUAUAAACCACAACAAGGACGACUUCACAUUAAGUCUGUAAUUUCUUCCAGUGGCAAGGCUGGAUCAUGGAUCCCAAAAGGGCGAAGAGCCGGAGACUGGCUCCAAGUCGAUUUGGGCAAGGUUACCAGAGUUCAAGCUGUUGCAACCCAAGGUCGAUACGACGCAAACCAAUGGGUGAGAAGUUACACCCUGCAAUACAGCAGCAAUGGCAAAACCUUCAAGAAAUACCAGGGAGGCAAAGUGUUCAAAGGAAACAGUGACAGACACACCGUUGAGAAGCAUAAUCUAAAUCCCCCGAUUUAUGCCAGGUACAUCAGGGUAGUAGUCAAGGCAUGGUAUGAUUGGCCGUCAAUGAGAAUGGAGCUGUAUGGCUGCAACAACUGAGUUCACCAUACAGACCAUCUGGGUCAUCAGUCCUGAUGCUGACUAUCGUAAACACAUUAAAAUAACGAUAAACAUGCUAAAGAUAAUUAUGUAAACUCAAACGAUUAAAAGAUUGAAAGCACUUCAAACAAGUUUCUUAUUUCUAACUAGAAUAAAAACAAUCAUUCGUGUGUGAUACUCGA